AUGUCACUGGAGUUCCAUAAGAUCUUACCCUUAGCCGCUAUAUGCUUAGUAAUUGCCAAUAUAGUUCAUGCGAGUAUAUUCGGGGAGCCAAGACCGCCUGGCACCACAUUGGCUUACCUACGAUGGCCAUCUUCAUUUGGCGAACCACGAUAUACAGCUUUACCCAAACCCCAUCCACUUUUUCACGCACGAAUUGUAAAACCAAUUGGCAUCCCUAUUGGACAAACCAGUCUGUUGUGCAGAAAAUGCAGUUGCUGUACUCUUGGGCCUUUCGGGUCGAUAAUACGAGGAGGCAAAGACUGCUGCGACGACUGCCGCAGGUGCUAUGGAAAAUUUCCUGAAGGCUAUCCACCUCCGCUUCCCCAACCUCCUCCUGUGCAACCACCAAUCAUACCGUUGCCACAGCCGCCUAUACCACCAAAGCCCUUUCCGCCGCUUACUCCCCUUCCCUCUGGACCUCCAGCUUCUCCACUACCACCAGUUACUUACCCACCUAUCUCUCCACUACCACCAAUUACCUACCCACCUAUCACUUAUCCACCAACAUCAGGUUCAUAUAUAACUCCCUCUAUUCCACCGGCUCCACCUCCACCUCCGCCUCCGCCUCCACCUCCACCGCCACCGCCACCACCACCGCCACCAACAGUACCACCACUACCGCCUCCGCCACCGCCUCCUCCUCCUCCUCCUCCUCCUAGUCCACCGCCUCCAAUCUUGCCACCUCCUCCCCCACCAGCUCCCCCUCCAUCUCCUCCAAUUCCUCCACCAUCUCCUCCGGCAGGGUAUAUCACUAGUGCUUUGCCUCCACCUCUUCCUCCAACUCCGUUGCCCUUGCCUAGUCCACCACCACCUUCACCCGGCUACAUCACCAAACCUUCAGUGCCGUUCUAUCCAACAGGACCACAGCCGUCUGGAUACCUCACACCUCCGUCUUUGCCGCCUUGUGCACCAGGGAAAUGCAAAUCGUAUCUUCCGUCCACGAGAGAAGUCGUCACUGUCAGCCCUUCGGAACCAGUUAGCGAUGCAACACCAUUUGGUAGAGGACAUGCAUCACUAGAGAACUGCUGCUAUGUUAUAGCGCAGAACGAAGAAGCGACCGUUAUAUGCAACUGCGCAGCACCUUCACUUACACCUAGUGCAGAUAAGUGCCUCCUCGCCUUCAACAGCAACGACCUCAGUUAUUGCACCGUGCGGAAAAAGAACUUGGGACAUUCCUACGCCUACGCAACACCAAUAAAAUGUGAAGACGCCGUAUCCUAUGGGAUCGUGAGGCAAGAUGAUCUGGCUGAAUGUUAUCCGGAUUUAGCACCUCAGAUAGUCGUAAAGUGCAUCCAACCUCCAGGAGCUCCACCAGCAUGUUUUCCUUUCCGAACAACUUCGCGCAACUUAGCCACGCCUCCUCCAGUGCAGCCAAUCGUUACUGCGGUAUAUACUGUUGACCCAAAAAUGACUUCCUCGCACUAUAGUACUUCUACGACUUUUCCAUCGCAAAAUUACGGGGACUGCUGUUCAGUUUUGCUGAAACCUGCCCAGCUUAUUGUAGCAUGCGGCUGCAACGUAAAUGACGAAGUUACUGAUCCGUGUUCGUACGCACUUCUCUAUAGCGUCCUCGAUACUUGCACAGUCACAACAAAAGGUUACGGCGUAGGUACAAUUUUCCUGAUUGACACGUCACUGAAAUGCAUGAAUCCAACAACAAAGCAAUCAACACAAUCUAGAGAAAACGAUUUGGGUCAAUGUCGCGCGGCGUCUGCAAUGAGGCAAGGCAGCAGUCAACAAUUUACCAACGAAAGAUAUGCGCAAAAUCCACCUAUCCAACAAAACGCACCUCCGAUAAGGGCUGAUGUUUCGACUGGUGUACCACAAAGUCACCGUGAAUCCUUUGAUAAACCAAGCUUUCCCAUGGAACAUAAACUGCCAGAUUCGGACCAUCAUUACUCCACAGCCACCUUGGAUCCGUAUGCAACAAGAUCACAACAAUCACUGUCAUCCGAGCAACGCCAAGAGGAAAUUUCCGAGGCGUACGGAGUAGGAAAGUUUGGACCCGCAAUGCCCCGGUCAACAACGCACGUGGAGCAACCUAUUUAUCCUAUGAACAACACACCGAUACCGCCCGAAACAUUAUCUGGCUACGUUACAUCUUCAACAAAUCGACCAAUCACCGAAGUAGAAAAGGCAGAGGUUGCACUCCAGGAGAGCUCUUCAACUACGAUUGCAAGUAGCAUGGUGUUGCUAAGUCUGGUUUUGGAUUUUACAGCCCACUUCUGUGCAGGAUAUGCCUAA